AUGUCGCACAGUAAGCACAAUACAUCGCUAGCCUUCUUCACAGCCCAUGAACGCGCCGAACUACGCGAUCGCUGGGGCUCGCAAUCGACCCGGCUCACUCGCGACUCUUUUCUUCCAUUCGGUUCAUGUCGUCUUUGCUUGUUACCUGCCCGCGAUCCUGUAUCAUGCGCCUCUCAUGGUCACCUGUUCUGCCGAGAAUGUGCCCUCUCGAACCUGCUCGCCCAGAAGAAAGACAUCAAGCGCCUGGAAAAGGAAUACGUCCAGAAGAAGCAAGAGGAGGCUGAAGCUGAGGACAUCAAACAAGAACAAGAGAGGGAACGCGCUGUGCAAGACUUUGAGCUCGUUCAACAAGGUUUGAACAGUAAGCUUGGCCCUGCUACUACACGACACAUCGUUGGCCGAGAGGCUGGCAAAGUCAUUGUGGAAGGAAACAAUCUUGAUAAGCAAGGAACCAAGCGCAAACUGCAGAUUGAUGAAGAUGAGCUCAUGCGCCUUGGUGGUCAAAAUACCAGGCUAAAGAAAGACUCGAAGGACUCUCAGAACCCUAUCGACCAAAAGGCUGCUACUUCUUUCUGGAUCCCUUCCUUGACUCCUUCAAGUACAACCACGGCGACGAAGCCUACCAAGCUGAACCCUCAAUGUCCGGCCGCAACUCCUGACAAGCCUCACGACUUUUCAUUAAAAUCGCUGGUUACGGUUCAGUUCACCGAGGAGAAAAGCGAAACAUCUAAUGAAUCUGUUCGCUCAUGUCCUUCAUGCAAAAAGGCACUGACCAAUUCGACAAAAGCAAUGUUGGCUAAGCCCUGUGGUCACGUACUCUGCAAACCUUGUGCUGCUAAGUUCAUGAAGCCAUCUGAAAAGGAUGCUCACGAUGCAACGGCAGAGGUUGGUAUAGUGAGAUGCUAUGUCUGCCAGGCCAAUGUCACUGAGAAGAAGCGCGAAAAGAAGGAGGGCAAGGAGGAGAAAGACAAGGUUCGACCAGGCGUGGUUGAGAUCAGUUCAGAAGGUACCGGCUUUGCUGGAGGAGGCAAUAACAUGGUGAAGAAGACCGGUGUAGCUUUCCAAGUGUAG